GGUAUUAUGAAAUGGAACCAAAACUGACUGUCUGAUUUUAAGAAUAAAACAAAACAAAACAAAACAAAAAAAUCAAAAGGAUAUUUAGCCUCGGUGGGAUUACCACACACAACAGUUCUCGUAAAUACUCAUGAAGUAACGGGUUUGAAAACAAGCGUUUGGGAAAGAGAAAGAACACGGGCUGGGCGACAUACUGUGUGCAAAGUGACAGGAAUGGAGCGCCCCUGCUGGUCAGGUGCGGGACAAGACCAUUCAGGGACUAGCUAAGGUGGACUUCACUUGUCCUACAAGGUUCAAACCGAGGGUGAAAGGACGCAAAUGUCUUGACAGUAGGAGUCAAGGUACCUGACGAGUGUUUUCUGACACCUGAUGCAGAAGGAUAGAGUAAAAUGGCCCACUUUGACACUGAGUACCAGCGGCUGGAGGUGUCCUACAAUGACUCUCCACCAGGGGGAGAUGACAUGCUGGUCCAUGUCCCAGAAGGUGUCAAGUCUCAAUGGCAUCACAUAGAAAACCUGGACCUCUUCUUCCAAAGAGUUUAUAACCUGCACCAGAAAAAUGGCUUCACCUGCAUGCUUCUGGGGGAGAUCUUUGAGCUUGUGCAAUUGAUAUUUGUGGUAGCCUUUACUGUGUUCCUGACCAACUGCGUUGACUAUGACAUUCUUUUUGCCAACAAGUUCGUGAACCACACCCACAAUGAACACGAAACAGUAAAAGUGACUCUUCCAGAUGCAUUCCUUCCAGCUAACGUCUGCAGUGCCAGAAUCCGUGACAAUGCCUUUGUCAUUUUCAUCAUGAUAAUAGCUGGAGUGUUCUGGUUGCAUCGCCUCAUCAAAUUCAUCUAUAACAUUUGCUGCUAUUGGGAGAUCCGCUCCUUUUACAUUAAUGCACUGAGGAUACCCAUGGCUGACCUGCCCUACUACACAUGGCAAGAGGUGCAGACGAGGAUCAUCGAGAUACAGAAGGAGCACCAGAUGUGUAUCCACAAGAAGGAGCUGAGCGAGCUGGACAUCUACCACCGCAUCUUGCGCUUCAAGAACUACAUGGUGGCCAUGGUCAACAAGUCCCUGCUGCCUAUCCGUUACCACCACCCCCUGCUGGGCAAUGUGGUCUUUUACACCCGGGGGCUGAAGUACAACUUUGAGCUGAUCUUCUUCUGGGGGCCAGGCUCCCUCUUUGAGAACGAGUGGAGCUUGAAGCCUGAGUACAAGCGGGGCGGCAACCGGCUGGAGCUGGCGGGCAAGCUCAGCACUCGCAUCCUGUGGAUCGGGGUGGCCAACCUGCUGCUGUGCCCUAUCAUCCUGAUCUGGCAGAUCCUCUAUGCCUUCUUCAGCUACACCGAGGUGAUCAAGCGGGAGCCCGGUAGCCUGGGCGCGCGCUGUUGGUCCCUGUACGGACGCUGCUACCUGCGCCACUUCAACGAGCUGGACCACGAGCUCAUGUCACGCCUCAGCAAGGGCUACAAGGCCUCCUCCAAGUACAUGAAUUGCUUCAUGUCCCCACUGCUGACCGUGGUGGCCAAGAACGUGGCCUUCUUUGCGGGAUCCAUCCUGGCGGUGCUCAUCUCCCUGACCAUAUACGACGAGGACGUGCUGGCUGUGGAGCACGUGCUGACCACCAUCACCCUGCUGGGGGUCUGCGUCACCAUCUGCAGGUCUUUUAUCCCAGACAAGCAUAUGGUGUUUUGCCCAGAGCAGCUGCUGAAGGUGAUCCUGGCCCAUAUCCACUACAUGCCAGACCACUGGCAGGGGAACGCUCAUCGCUACGAGACUCGGGAUGAGUUCUCGCAGCUCUUCCAGUACAAAGCAGUGUUCAUCCUGGAGGAGCUGCUGAGCCCAGUGAUCACUCCCUUUAUCCUCAUCUUCUGUCUGCGCCACAAAGCCCUGGAGAUCAUCGACUUCUUCCGCAACUUCACUGUGGAGGUGGUGGGCGCUGGGGACACCUGCUCUUUCGCACAGAUGGAUGUCCGGCAGCAUGGCCAUCCCGCGUGGAUGUCGGCUGGGAAAACAGAGGCCUCGAUUUACCAGCAGGCGGAGGAUGGGAAGACAGAGCUGUCUCUGAUGCACUUCGCUAUCACCAACCCGCGCUGGCAGCCCCCCCGCGAGAGCACACACUUUAUCAGCCAGCUCAAAGGAAAGGUGCAGCGCGAGGCCACCAGCGGACAGCAGGGGGCGCUGCUAGAGAACCACCUCUUCACAUCCAUCCAGUCUAUCCAGUCGGAAUCAGAGCCCCACAGUCUGAUUGCUAACCUCCUGGUGGGGCCACCCUCGAUAGGCUCGUUCCAGUUCGGUCGGGAGGGCCACACAGCUCCUCACAUCUCCAGCGCCAGUGACGUGGCCUCAGCCCUGUGCUCCCUCUCCCCACUCAGCACCAGCCAGCACCUCCGCGGGAGCUACACCUCCACUCACCCGCCCCGCAGCGACGGUAGAGGGCUGACAGCGGCCAGGGGCAUUGCGGGCUCGGGCACUGAUGCUCGAACAGCCAGCUCUGGCAGCAGUGCAUGGGAAGGGCAGCUGUCCAGCAUGGUGCUAUCGGAGUACGCCUCCACUGAGAUGAGCAUCCAUGCACUCUACAUGCACGAGCUCCACAAGCAGCAUUCCCAGACAGAGCCAGCCAGGCACACGUGGCACCGGCAGGAGAGCGACGAUAGCAGCGAAAGUGUCCCCGAGGAAAGCGAGGUCCUUAUUGGCCUGCCCCGCUCCUCCACCUUCCCCUCUGCCUCCGCAAGACAGCACCCCUACCAGGACCAGGCUUCACUACACAGCUCCGGGCACCGGCGACACGGGGGCACCACAGACGCAGUGAGCGGCGGUCCGCGGGCCGCUCACAGGUUCUCACGCCUACCCAUGGGCGGCUGGGCAGAGGAGGUGCGGGCGGGGCGACACCACGAAACUGUGCCCGAGGAAGGCACUGAAGAGGAACUCCCCCCUCAGAUCCACAAGUUGAUGUAAUGGACAUGGACAGCCUUUCUCCAAGGAAGCUGCUAUUAGAUAUCAACACUCUUGAUCUCCUGAAUCAUAUAAAACAUUUGCCCAUCUUACAACUCACAUAACCAAGGAACUGUAUAGAGAUUGGGGUAAAUGCUCAGAAGCUCCAACUUGUGUCUUUUUUUUUUUUUUUUUUUUUUAAUUAAUUAUUUGCUAAAAGGUGGAUGAAAACUUAUCCUUUUCCCCAAAACAAAUCUCCUUAAUAUGUAAUGAGAUUAAUCAAAAAGAAUCGGUUUAUUAAACUGAUUUCCUGACACAAUCUUUAAGAAAGAUAGAAACUCUUCAAAAAGACUAGUAAAAUAUGUUACUUUUCUUUGUAAAAUGUUUUUACAGUGAGUUUAAACUGACACAGAUGAAAUUGUGUCAGUGGUUAACAUUAACUGAGGUUAUUUUGGGAGGCAUGUGAGUUUCUUCCGUUAUGCAAUUAUUGUUGACUACAUAAUAUAUUGUUGAUUUGAGAUUAAGUUUUACAUUUAUUUAUUUUCACAGACUAUCUUACCUAAGGUAGCAUAAGUAGUCCAAGAUUAGUGCUAACCUAGUAAAUAUAACUGUAAAAAAACUUAAGCAUACCUUACUGUGCCCAGUAUCUUCACAUGAGCACUGGCAUAGUUUAUUUUUCCUGUGGUUACUCCCAAUUACGCUUUGGCUGGCUAGUUGUCAUGUCCAGUGUGUGUACUAGGCAUGUGAAACUAUGACUAAUGCUGUGGGCUCUUGUGAGCUCAUCUCAUCUGACUUAGAGAUGCACUGGUGUAAACCAUGUGUUUUGACUCUUUCUUUGUGUGUAUGAAAGUUGUUAAACAUGUACUGUAUAUUUCUGUAUGCAAGAAUUUGCAUCAUGUAGCAUAAGCUUACAAAUAAAUGGCUGUAUCUAGCAACCAUAUAACAUAUGUAAAGUGUGUAUUAUACAUGUAUAGCAAUUGUUAAUAAAAAUGUUUAGCUUCCACAAUUUAACAACAGAUUGUGCUAUGAAAAUGUCAAAGAACAAAACUAGCUUUGUUGAGUGCAACUGGGCCCUCAUUGAUGAUAUAUAUAUAUAUAUAUAUAUAUAUAUAUAUAUAUAUAUAUAUAUAUAUAUAUAUAUAAGCAAAUGGCAUCUUGUUUUUAUAACAACAGCAACAAACUGAUUCUGUUGGUAAACAGUGUAGAGCAGCUAAUCUUAUAGUGUGGACAUGUUAGGCAACAAUGUCAGCCAACAACCAUUGUCUUACUAAUGCACGUGGGGAUGGAAAUUAGUUCAUAACAUGGCAAAUCAUUUUAAUAAUAAGAGGAUCAAUUAUUUUUUGAGUGAGAUUUGUAUUUUUGUAUUCAUUAUAAUUUUUUUUUAUUUUUUUUUAAUAUUUUCCUAACCAAAUCCAUGUGAUCAUCUGGUCACACAAGGUUUGCAGCAGUUCAGUUUAUUCUCAAAACUAAAGCUAGAUUGCAAGGUGUUGGGCAAGCAGUUCACAACAGUUUAGCUAUACCACCUUCACAAGAGUCAACCAUGGUUUGGUUUUUGAAACAAUCUGACAGCUGUGUCUAUUGAGAUAAACCUUAGCAGCUACUUUAUGUCUGCUUCAACAGAAAUCAGACAGAUCUGAUGAAAUCGUGAUAGCAGGCUGACUUGAGAGAAGAGGGGUUAGCCAGACUGCAAGGUCAGUGCACUGAAGUUGGUUACAAUAAAGUUCUGUUAAUAGGACAUUCUUAGAUCACAUUCUUCUCCCUGUUUGCAAUAGGAAUUUGUGGUUUAAUGUGGCUCACUUGUCAGUAUAAAACACAACAAAAUCCACAAAAUAACCACCACCAUGCUUUUUACAUGUAUUAGCUUUUCAGGGAUGCAGUGUAGUCCAAUGCUGAACUUAUAGAAGGUCUUGUCAUGUAUAGUAUGGUUCUGAAUUAUGUAGGGACAUGACCUUCGUGAUGCAUGUUUCAACAGUAAUCAUUUCCAGAAUUGAGUUCAAGCAGUGGAAACGUAGCUGAAGGGACAAGUGCUCCUAGAGGUCUGUGAGUCCUGAGCACCUUCGAAGCACCAGGAGGGAGAAGCCUUUUGCCCACAGAACUGCAUGCCAUCGCCGACUUCAUAAUUCUAGUGCAUGAAUAUCAAAUGUCCAUGAACAUGUUUUGUUCUUUGUAAAGAUUCAAGUUCUGUAAAUUGCACAUUUUGUACAAAAACAUAUUUCAUUAUACUACUUACUGUAUGUAUGCAAUGAUUGUUAUUCGUAUAAAAAAAUAAAAAGCGUGAUUUGUUUUA